AUGGAUAGCAGAACUGAAUUUGCUGGAAGAAUUCAUUUUUUUGAAUACUUAAUCAUCAAAUAAUCUUCAUAGAUCAUUAAGAAAUGCUUUACAAUAUUCAAUAGGAAUAAUUACACAAUAAGAUCGAUUAAUAUAAUAUUUUCAAUAUACAAAAGAAAUCGCAUAUUUAAUUGA